CUCUUUUGCGUUUUUCCCCCCAUCCCCAGCUAAGCGAGAUCAGUGGAGCUGCCCCCCAGGAACCGGCUUCCCCGGGGAGGAGAGUGUCAGCAGGGGCAGCACUGUCUGCCAGACAGCACAGUGCACAAGUCUCGGCUGUGCCAGACUGAUGGGCAGCGAUGUUCCCGACAAAGCAGAACGGCAAACCUGCUGCAGAGGUGCCUGGUACUGGUUCCAGUCCAGUUUCAGUGCCGGCAGCUGGGAGCAACUUCUCCCAGCUGCGAAUGGCACCAGCACCUUUCCUUGCACCACGGGCAGCUCAGAUGCAGUUUUGAGGCUUAAGGGCUUGGUGCUGUGGUCACCAGGUGCCAGGCAGCUCCCAGGGAGCCCUGGCUUUUGUCCCCUCCUCGGGGCUGUGAAAGGGGUCAGCAUGAGAGGUGCCACUUGCCUGGCCCGUGAUGACUUUGCUGGCUAUCAUUUUGGACUCAGCUGUCUGAGUAAGAAGAACCUAAAAUGGAGAAGUGAGGACCAAAAUUGCACAGGUUCAGCACUCAGUACACAGCUUUAGGAUGAGGGGAGGGUGCAUGUAUCUGUGUGUGGGUGUGUGUGCUCACGGACAUGACCACAGGACAUGAAGUGAAGGAUGCCAAAUCACAAGUAGAGCCAAAAAUAAGUCCCAAGUUGCUUUCAGCAUCUCUGCAGGCUCAACUCGCAAUUUUUGAACUUUUGGGCAGAAGGCACAGCACUGAGUGGGGUGGGUGAAACACAGCACAGAGAAGCCUCACAGGCUUUUCCAGCCCUGACUGGCAGAAGAGGGCAAGAACAAGGUCUCAAAUGAGCUGAUGUGAAGCCCCCUAUGGAUAGGAGUAUAUAUAUAAGCAUUAGGUGUCUGUAUGGUGUGUGUGUGUGCAUACAUACGCAUGCACAGACACGUGCACACACACACAUCCCACACAGGGCAUUCUGCCCCCUUCUUCUCCCUCUGCCUGACCAGUUUAUUGCUGUCCCUGCAUCUCAUGCUAAUUAAGAGAGACGUGUAGAACUGCAGCUCUCCAGAUUUGGGGAGAGAGGAUUUUUUAAGCUGUUGCUCCAACCAGGUCAUGACCAGGCCCACCACAUGGACUGUCGGGUAGCCUGAAUGUGCCACAUGUAGCACACCCCUGAUGGGAAUGGCAGCGAGCAGGGUACAGCACUGCUCUGCUGCUGGUGCCUGACCUGCCACUCAAGGAUGGAGGGAGAAAUUAAGAUCUCAUUUGGGAAAGGACUGGAGCAGCUGCUGUUGCACAGUUUAAAGAAGGAAACCCUUAAAAGACAGGGGAACCCUCAUAGGCACACAGGCACUUGUCCUAAAGCAGGGGACAUUUCCAGAAGUGAGGGAGCCUUUCCAGAAUUGCAGACCAUUUUUAUUCUGAGCUUUGUCGCUCAGGUCUGUUUGGGGGUGGGAGGGGGUGGAUCUUCCUCUAACUGCUGUGGGCAAACAACAUUUGCAAGGGAAUUAUUCCACAUGAGCGAAAGGCUUGCGGGAGUUGUCUCCCUGUCAGACAUCAGUGCUGCCUCUGUUAGUGCAUCUUGCCCACUUGGAGGAAUUAUGGUAAAUCCUGAGCAAAGGGGCUGCUUGCAAAGAGAAAGGGGGAGAAGCCUUCUUAUAUAAUUUUUAUACCAGAUCAUAGCUUUACCCUUGCCUCCAGCAAAGUGAAUGCCACAUGCUAGCAAGGUGCACUCUCAGCUUGGAUAUCUUCAUGAGUUACUCCAGUUUCCUGCCCUUCCUCUGGCCUUUUUUUAAGCCUGGUACAGAAAGGAUUUUCUAGGCUGUUCAGCACCACAGAAGCCUGAUGAAAGCAGACCUGUGUCUCAGUAGAGCUGGGAUGCCCAGCAGUAGCACAGGGCCACGAGGAUAUCUGUAGAGGAGCAUUCAAGGAGCAGCAGAGGCUGCAAUAGGAUGGGGACAGGCUCAAGCCUGUGGAAGGGCAUUUCUGGGCAGUUCUUUGGUGACUCUUCAGCACUUGCCUGUUGCUGAUCCAAAAGACAGACCAGGCAGUCUCCUGCACUUGCCAUGUUUGGUUACAAGCAGCUGCUCACACUGCUUGACAUCUGUCCCAGUCCUGGGUGGCUCAAGCCAUAAAUCAAAUGGCCAUACUGGGAUGCUCCUGCCAGCCGGGGAAUGUUUCAGCGAGCUACACCACGACACACACUCCAGUUCUCAGUGGAAAAGGAGCUGGAGUGGGAGUUCUGGGAUGUUCCUUCUGCAGCGUGGAAACACGGAAAUACCUUGUAACACAUGCCUUUUUCCUGCUGUGGCUUUACGAACAUGCCGGCUCACAAAAAAAGCUUUGUGUGACUGAGGGUAUGAAAAUAGCAAGAAGAUGUGCAUUUUUUCUAUAAACCAGUUAAAUUCCAGACUCAAGAGAUGUAAGGAGAAGUUGUUUUGCCUUUGAGGGGUGAGAUUAUGUGAAAUAUAUUAUUCACAUUGCAAAAAAAAAAACAGUUGAAAGUUGGAAAAUGUCGGUAUUGGGGGUAACGUACCAUCUGCACUGGGUUGCAGUCCUGACUGGUGGGAUGACAUGCUGUAUUUCCAUGAGCUGAUCAUUCAGGGUACUGGCUACAUGGUGUGCAAGGAGUGAAGCAGGGGGCUGUUAUUUUCUUUGGUACUGCAAAGUGUGCGCCUGUUUCAUUUGUUUACUGCCUGCCAUCCAAGCCCUGGAGGCAAUACAUCAUUAUUCAUUGUCUUGUGGUGUUCUGAAGAUGUUAGCUGCUACAGUUGCCUUGUAGCUGAUGAUAGAGAAUUUAUGCUCCUCACGAGGCAAGAGAGAGUGGUUAUUUUCCUUGCUUUUGAAGGGAAAGGAGACUUCUGCUUUAGCCACACAGGGAAGGAGCAGCAGGUGCAGGGUCGGAGCUUGGGGCCUCUUGGCUCUCGGUGCCAUCAAGUCCUUGAGACCAGUUUGCUGGCUAAGCUGCCAGCAUUUUGAAAAACAGCUGUGAGUGUUCAGCAGUUCUGCAAAAUGGCCCCUAGGGUCUUGUGUUGGGCACCCGCAAAAUUAGGAAUGUACAGACUGUGGCCUCCUGCCAAAACUGUGGUUUAAUAUUCAAUUCCGACCACAUAAAAAUAGCCUUAUUUAUUACAGCAUCCUUAUUGUUAGCUUGAGUAUCAUGUGUCCUUUGCACUGAGUAUGGGAUGGGGUACUGUGAAAAAAAAAGAAUUAGUACUUGGUUGGGUAAGCAAAGGCAGCGCUGUGAUGCAGACGUGCAAGUGGCUGAAUGAAGACUGGGCAGGUAUUAUCUCACAUUUAAGUGCUUGGCUUUGCAAGCCAAAUAGCAUAUUUGAUCACAGGGCAAUUUUUUUUUUUAAGUAAAAUGUCACUUUCUUGAUUCUUUUUCUUUAUGAAUGGGAAAACAAGAGACUUUCUGUUAUUUAUGCACUGCAAUGCCCCACACCCAUCAUAGGAAGGACUGAGUCUUAAAUUUACAGCAGGGCCAUACAAGUCAGAACCUCCCCACCAACUGCAAGCAAAGGCUUUGAAGACAGGGCCUGCUACCAUGAUCCUCCUCACUUCAAGGAGGUCAGGAAGACUCCUUCCCCAUGAACCAUGCUCUCACACAAGGAAUAAAAAAGUAGGACCACAUCCUGAGUCUGGAGAAGAGCUGUUAGAGGCAACUUGACUUGGCACUCAUCACUUGGGCUCUCUUUCCACUCCUGGUGAGGCUCUCUGCUGCCAGUGCUGCCAAAGCAGGGCACGGUGCUGCUGUGAUUUUGCUGUGAGGCACCUGUGUUGGGGCAGAGGGGCUGAAGGUGGGCCCUGCUCUUUCCACACCACUUGCAUCUAGUGAUUUUGAUGGGAUGUGAUCUUUGCCAUAACUCUAUCUCUUCUGUGGCUGCAAACCCUCCAGAAAACUAAAGUCACAUCAAAUUUGAAGACCUUCCUCAGAUUCACCAAGCCCUGCAGCAUGAGGCUGUGAUCUGUGUGCUAACCCAGAUGCAUCCAAAGAUCCUGGCUGGAACUCUGGAUUGUAAGAGCUGUCACCACAUCUUGUUGAGCUAUGGGCAGUGUUCCCAGCUUGUAAAGAGCAUAAUUGUGUCCCAGAGAUCUGCAGGCACCCCUGGAGCUGCAGGCAGCAGCUCAGAUCCCACACAGUUUGCGUGGACUUUGCAGGGUUGCCCCUCUUGAGUGCUCUGGGAAGGUGAUGGGGCAGCAGAAGAGCUCCAGGCUCUCUCUAACAGGCAGCACCAACAACCUCAUGCCACAGCGGCAACCAAGUGAGACAGAUCUACACAACCCACCGAGGCAGAAAGAGGACUCCUUCAGAGUGCAGCACAAACGCUCCGUGUGUGAGCAGUGGGAGUCGGCCUUUCCUGGGCAGGUUUGCCAGGAGCCGUGUGCGUGCUGGGUCACCAAUCCCCUCGCUGAUAAGAGCUGAGAGGAAUUUUACUGCUGGCAUCUUGCGCUCUGGCCCAGCAAUGUGCGCACAUGGAUGGACGAUCCCUGCCCCUGUGAACACACCCAGGGCACAGGCUUGUGAGACGGUGGGGAAGUUCUCCCCUUGUUGGACCGUGUUUUCUACCUCCUCUCUCUCUUCCUGCCCCAACUGCUGGAGUGGCAAGACACUGCCCUUGCAGCUGGUGGUCUCAUUCUGGGAGCCUGGCAGCCAGGGAAGCACAGCCAAGGUGGUGAGUGAUGGAGGGGGGGGGACUCCCUCACUGAGCAGCCUGGGUGGCAGCAGUUCACCACACUGGCAUCUCCACAAGAAGGAUGAGUAACAAGAGUCAAGCACUAGGAAGGCCAGUGAGCUGGAAGUUCUGGUGUAUUUCAGAAUACAGGGUAUAGAAAAAGGCAAAGGCAGUUUUUGGGCUACUGCAGACAUGAACGAUGGCAAACACGCAGGUGUGGGGUGUUUUGGGUGCAAGAGAUCACCUAGGCUUGCAGAAUCUCACCUCAUUUUAGGAAUGAAAAGCCACAAGGAGAAAAGCUUAUGGCUGAAGUGCCUUGGCCCCCAUAAGAUAUAACAGGGGUUUCUUGGUGUUGAUUUGCAAGCCCCUGGAUUUGGCAGUCUGGCCAUAUUGUUCAGGCUAGACUUCUGGCCUAGCACUCCAGGGACAGAACUGUGAACUGAGAGCUUGUAUUGAUUAAAAACCUUAUAUUUUCCUAUCUUGCUGCUAAACUGAUGCACCUCCAUCUACUACUCUGUGCAUGUAAACGUAUCUUUUAUCUCAGACAGACUGGCACCUUUCCUCUUAAAGUUCUGCUGCAUCCUUUGACUCUAGUAAGAUACACUGGGUCGUGCCAAAAGUCCCAAACCCUCAGAGAAUCCUUAAUAAAUGUGGGCCUAUAUCUACCUUUCUUCUUGAACACCACCCAAAUACAAAUAAGAAAGAGAAUACUUUGGGAUUCAGGGCACCAUUCAACUAAGAAGUGCAGAAAAUACCUGUGUGUGCAGUGGUAAGGGGAUUGAGGACCAAAGAACCAGGAUUCUCCCAUUAAGCUGUCUUCUCUGCUUGGAACCUUUCCCUGGAUUGUACCACCCACCCACACCCCCAGGGUAGGCUUGCCAGGAAGGGGGGAGCAGCAUUUCAAAUGCCAGUGAGCUGGAGGAUGCUUGUGGGGUGUAAAGGAGGAACUGGGAGCAGAAGGGUGCCUCCCUCAGACCUGCCAGGUCAGGAGCAGCUGCAGUCCUUCUGCCAAGGGACUGAGCGAAAGGAUUAAGGGCCUGAGCUACCACUGUCCAUGGGAUUAACCCCUGCAGGAAAUUAAAGUUGCAGAGAAGGCUCUUCACAGCUGAGAGAAAGAGAAAAACUGGGAUCUGGAUUAGAACUGGCAGGGCUGGUGACAAGCCACCACCCACAGCCAACUGUUCCCGGCUGGAUCAGAAAAUGUUAUCUCAACCUUCAUGUAGAACCCCCCUCCACAUCUCGGUUACCAGUUUUUGCCAACAGUGUGAGAAGAGCGAAAACAUCACUCUGUGGAAAGAAAAAGAGGAGGAAACUGGGUAGCCAACUCACGUGUCCCUCCUCUGAGCCCCUCUCCCACUCCCUCACCCGCUUGCCUCCUCAGCUGCCUCCGUUUUGCAGGGAGGAAACAUGCACGUGGUCUGUCGCAUUCAAUAAUACUUGGAGAAGAUGCUGGCACACACAGGGCUGGAUUUCUUCCUGUCAACUGCCCCCUCAGCUCCCCUCCUGCUGCUGCUCUGGGCCUCCUCCAUAUGCCGCACUGUGCUGGGACUUUCCUGUCACUCCUGUGUUGGGUAUCCUGGUCUCCGCACCUGCUUCCACAGCUUCCCAAGGAAUUCCACAUCUCCACAGCAGUCUGGGUCUUUCCCAGCAGUGCUGCCCUCUCUGGCUCCCCUUCAGAUGCUCUGUACUUUCUCAGAGGGUUUGCUGAGGCCUUAUGUCCUUGGUAUUUCCAGCCCCUCCAGCAUCUCCCAGUCUAAUUAUUGUGCAUUGUUCAGGGAGGCUUUGGAUGGAAAUAGUGUGUACUCGUUAAGGUACGGAAUGAGGAAUCAAGAAAACUGGCUUCUCUCCUGCUUUUGCCAUAGGCCUGUCAGGAAACUCUGGGGAAAAUCUGGCCAAAACUCCUUUAUUCUGUGUAAUUUUGGCAAGCCCUACAAGUACUCUUUGCAGGACAGGAGAGUAUUUACAAGCCCAAGUGCAAGCGCUGCUCUCGACAGCUUUGAAAGUCCUGAGCGGGAAACUAAUGUGGGCUCAUGGUGAAGUAUCAAAAGCAAGACAGCUGAAAUUUCAGCCAGCCAAACUCAACAGUCAUUUUUACUGUAUCAUAGUUUGCCCCUCCAUAAUAUGGGGAUAAAGUUGAUCUUUCUUGGAGGGCCUUGGGGAGGAAAUAUUUUUUACCAUCAACACAUUUGCAUUUCAGAGGUGCCUACACAUUGCCAAUUCAAAAACCAGAAGCUUUUUGACCUCUUCACAUCACAGAGAAAAGGGUGUGGUUUUUAUUCACACCAAGUCAGGAAUGUGGCAGAGUCCCUUACAAUACCAAGUGGUUUUUGCAUGCUUUCUACUUCCUUUACAGCUUUCUGUAUGAGGUGCUUUGCUUAGCUGUGACUGAUCACUGCAAGUCAGAGGGCACCAUUUCUUCUGCAGCUGGGUUUUUCAUAUGAAUUUAAAAUGUGCUUUCCAUUGAUUGUGACAGCACAACACUAAUGAAUCCUGAACACAUGCGUUAAUAAAUCAGCAACUGCUGCAAAUGAAGCCCUCAGCUAUUUAGCUUAGAAGCUCACUGGGCCAGUGACACAUACUAUGUUUCUACAGUGCUGCUGAGCUUUGUUACCACCUCUGUGUGCUUUUGCAGUCCAAAUAGAUGACAAAUGAAGAGCUGCCACUGCGACAAUGUGACCUCUUGUGAUUGAUAAUUUGCAUGACUAACUUAGGUCUCUUGGGGGACCAAGAACGGGCAUCAUCUCCAUGCCAUCUGAACCCAUUUGGGGUGUAUUAAUCAGCUGACAUCUCUUCCUGCUGCCUGUGACUCCUGCCCCCCAAGGGCUGAUAAAGGAACAGGCGUAGAAUAACAUGCUUUGGUCACUGGGUGCUGGGGUACCACUGUCCCCCUCCAUUAUAGGGUGAUACUAAUAAAACAUGAAUCCUAAAAGCAACAAGGAAAGGGGAAGGGAAGAAGAUAAUCUCCUUAAAACAUCCUCCAUGCCCUCCCUUACCCUGCUGUUUUUCUGAUAAAGGCUAAAGUAAUUCAGCAUCAGGAAGGGGAAAGGGACUUUGCUAUCAAGGAGAGUGUGGGGGAGGGAUGAACGUCUGUGUAUACUUUCUGAUAAUUUAUUGCUGGCAUCUGUUGCAGCCUCUGCUACCUACCCUUCUGAAAUAUAGGUCACCCACAUGCCCUGCCAAUGCUCAUAAGCCAGGCUGUUAACGGAGUCUGAUCCCUGAGCCAUGAUCCAAGGGUUAGUGCAAAGGACUAGGAGAGAUAAUCAGAGACAGAAGUUGCUGGGCUCUGUUUUUCACAGUGUCUCAUCCUAGUGACACAGUCACCUGUCUCUCUAGCCUCAAUGUUGCUAUCUGGAAAAUGGAAUACCUUUACAUCCACCUGCCAAGAGCAGAGGCACUACCGGCUAUUAUCUCAGCCUUACUUCUGAGGGUCAUUAAAUACAAAGUAACACCACCUACAACUAUGGUAAGAGCCAUUCAUAGAGCAAACGGAAAGCUUCGGAUAGAAGGUGCCACAGAAUUGGGAAGUGUUACUAAAACAGUAUGUGGAUGCAGUUAUCUGAAACCCUCCCCACUCUCAUAGCAUGAUCCUUGGGACCCUACUCACAAAAGCUAAGGCUUUUGUGAUACUGCAGGGGAGUGAUACUGCAAACAUUACUGGUGUCUGGGUAGAGAGAAGCAAAGCACAAGACAGGGGUAGUGUCUGCUGUAGCUUUUAUGCCCUGGCAAGCGCUGCAAAAUCAUUACAAUCUCCUCUGAGCCCCCCCCCACUCCCUGGCCCCAGCAGUAAAGUUCCCUGUUCAAUCUAAUUAGGGGAAUCCUCAUUAGAGAGUCCUCUAGAGUCUGACAGCAGGCCAAAUGUCCAAGUGGCACUUCAACUCAGUGUAUUUUUGGCCACUGGAGCCCAUGGGCCAGAAAUGGAUGAUUUCAUUUUGUUGCUUUGAGCUGAAACUAAAAAAGUUGUCUUUUACUGUCCUAUAUGAACAAGUAAGAAGAAAAGGGCAUCACCAGCGCCACAGGCUACCCUGUUAAUUUCUCCAGAGUCUGGAAAAGACAUGCUACUCCAAGUACAUGGAAGAAAGCUCUGGAUACUGUGUCCCACGGAUCACAGGGCAUUCAGCUGACAUGUUGCUCUAGGGAGAAGGAACCAUCUAGUAAGCCCAGGAGAAAGACUAAUGCCUGGUUUGUGGAGCCCUUGGGUGACUUGGGUGACUUCAGAACAUUCAGAGCUCCAGCAAUGCUAAUCAGCCUUGAGCCCCCAAACCCAAGCAAUGCCAGGCGGGUUCGGAACGGCACAGUGCCUCUUUGUCUUGAGUUGGGGGCACACAAGGGGCACUCCUAGGUCUGGCAGAGUGUUCACUGCUGGAAAAAAACCCUGGCUCUCAGGCUGAAAGCAGCCAGACAGAGCUGGUGCUGCUGUGGAGAGGCUUGAGGUGUGGGCAAGUGCUAGUUGUCCCAGGACUGGGUGUUCCCAGUGCUGCACUGGCAGCGAGUGCAGUUGGCCUGGUGCUCCGCAGAGCAGAAGGCAUCUCUUGGGCCACAAUAAAACAGCUAAUAAAGUCAGAACUCAAGAUAAGUCAGAGAAAGCAUUUAAAAAAGAAACCCUCAAAAAUCCUCUCUGCUUCCUUGCUCUCUCCUGACUGUGGAAUAUUAAUCACUAAGGGUAUAAUGUGCUUAUGGGCAGUCAAUGCGUGGGAGAAACUGUUUUUUUCCGGAUCCUUGGAAUUAAAAUUUCUCCAUAAACCUUCUACUUCAAGGUACAAAUGCAGAAGCUCACUGUGCUUUGCCCUUCAGCAGCCAAGAACCUCUACCUAUUCCAAAUCUACUGUUCUGCCACCUGAGCAUAUGGUAUGCUUGGAGAAGCAGGCGGUUUUGUGGAAGACAUGGAGGCUGAUAAAUAUGGGUUACAGAAGAGUCCCCAGCACAUGUGCAAGCCCAAGUCUGUGCACAUAUUUGUAAAUGUAAGCUAGAUUGGUGACUAGAAUAUGUGCAUUUGUACAUGAAGGCAGUCACUUUGAAGUCUUGGAAACACGUGUACGAGUGCACACAGGGUGGCUGCUAUCUAUGGGGUGGGAGUGUUGCGUGUAUGUGACAUGCUUUUAAAAUAAUCUUGGGUUUAUCAAGGCCCCUCCAUCUUUGUGCAUGUUGCAGUGCAGGAGACAGCAUUAAAGCCUGAACAGGUGUUAAUCACUAUGCACUGUAAUAAAUUCUAAACAUAGGGAAAGGGCUUAUUUAUACACGGCUGCUCCUCCCACCCUGCACUCUCUGCUUGAGCCUUGGUGCUGCCUGAGAGAAAGAGGCGCCCGUGAGGUACCAGAAACCAGUGCAAGAGCUGGACUUGCCCUGGCAGAGUAGAAGGAUCUAGGGGUAGAAACCUUGACCCUGUCACCAUCCCCAUGCCUGGGUGUGCCAGUCCUGCCCUCAGCCCCCCACUGUCACCUGGGGAUGGUGCAGGUGAACUGCACAGCAGCGAGCACGGCAGGGGAGACACCAGCCCAUGGCCUGAGAGGGGGUAUGGGCUGAGGGGAGAUCACAGAGGGAAAUUGAGUCACAGAGCACCCAAGGAAGCUGAUUUUGGGCUUUUUUGUUUUGGUUUAGGUUUGUUGUUUUUUUUUUCAAAAAAGCUUAGCCCCCCAAUUGGAACUGAGCCAGCUGAUACAGACGGGGUGUUAUAAAACAGAGCCAAAAAGCAAAAGCACAAGGAACAGAGCUAUCUAUAACCCUGACAAAAGUUAGAUGGAGUGAAGGUGGGGAAGAGGGAAAGACAGAGCGUGGCAGGCGGCUGCCCCUGAUGCUGAGAGCAAGGACGUGAUCAUUUGGCAACAGGAUUUGGAGCUGAUCGACUCGCGCUAUCCAGCAGGCAGAUAAGGCUCUGUGGCUGUCAGCUUAACUCUGCCGUUUAUUCCAGUGCUGUAGGGAGUUAAAUAGAGCACACGGAAAGCCUGCUGCUGGGGAAUGAAAGUCAAGGAGGGAAAGGGAAGGAAGAGGCUGUAAUUGGGCAGUGUCCGGGGAAUCAGGUGGAAGUGGCUGCAGGCAGAACCUCUCCAGGUCCUUCCUUCUCCUUCUCCUCGGAGGCUCGCUUGCUCUUCAGCUCCUGCAGUUGCUGCAGUGGGAAAUCCCCAAGCUGAAGCUGUGCUGUUCUAGCCACCACAUCCAUUUUACCUUAAAACAGACAGGAAGUGCUGGACCUGGCAGGCAGGCUACAAGGUCAUUCCUUCUCCUUUUGGGGCUGUGUGCCAGGCUGGCUGUUGGAUGUGAAGACACGCUGGAGAAGACAAGGAUGCUGCCUACAAGUGCUGGCCACCGGUGGAGGAGCAGGUUCCUCAUGAGGUGGCAAGAGGCUUGUCUGCUUGGCUGUUGGCUGUCGCUAUGUGCUGCUGAGUCCUUCUUUGCUUGUCCUUCCUCCUGCAAGUGUAACAGUGGCAACCUGGAAGUGGACUGCAGUGGCUUGGGCCUCUCUUCCAUUCCCUCAGACAUCCCCACAAACACCAGGACCUUCCUCUUUCUCAACAACAAACUCAGCAUCCUGCCAGGGGCAGUGUUUUCCAACCUCUCCGCUCUACAGAGGCUGGACCUAUCCAACAACUUCUUGGACCAGCUCCCUCAGAACAUCUUCAGUGACCUGGGGAACCUCACGGAGCUCCAGCUGAGGAACAACAGCAUUAGGGCCUUGGACAAGGACCUGUUACAACACACGGCCCUGCUGCGUCAGCUGGACCUCUCCAUCAAUGGCCUGGCCCAGAUCCCCUCGGGAAUCUUUGACGACCUGCCUGCUCUCCGCUCCCUCUCUCUCAGGUCCAACCGCCUGCAGAGCCUGGACAGGGUGACCUUCGAACCGCUAACCAGCCUGCAGCUACUCCAAGUUGGGGAUAACCCCUGGGAAUGUGACUGCAACCUCCGAGACUUCAAGCACUGGAUGGAGUGGUUCUCCUACCGAGGUGGCAAAAUUGACCAGCUGGCAUGUACCCUGCCCAAGGAGCUGAAAGGGAAGGAUAUGCGAAUGGUACCCAUGGAGAUGUUUAACUACUGCUCCCAGCUGGAUGACGAGAACAGCUCUACUGUGCUGGACAAUACUGGCCCACCCUGCACUAAAGGCAGCCCAACUCCUUCCAAAUCUAAAUCAGGCCCAGAAACAGAAGUGGAGCCCAGUGUGGGAUGCCCUCAGAAACAGCGAUACAGGCCCGUGAGCGUGCGCCGGGCCAUUGGCACUGUGAUCAUUGCAGGGGUGGUUUGCGGCAUCGUUUGCAUCAUGAUGGUGGUGGCAGCUGCUUACGGCUGCAUCUACGCCUCCCUCAUGGCCAAGUACCAUCGGGAGCUGAAGAAGAGGCAGCCGCUCAUGGGUGACACAGAAGGUGAACACGAAGAACAAAAACAAAUCUCCUCUGUGGCGUGAAACUCUUCUAGGAAGGAAGGGACAGCGAUGAAAAAAAGGUACCUGAGAGCAGUCAAGCAUGGGGCCCUCCCAAAAUACAUCUUCCCAGACAGAGAGACAGACUGUGCUAUUGCUCCACUCACCCAAGUAGUGCAACAUGCUUCUGGGGGGUCAGGGCACCUGGCUCAAUUUCUUUUCCUCUGCCCCAGGCCCAUUUUGUGCCCUUUCACCCUUGGGGCCUCCCAGACAAAAUAAAGUAGAGUCAGACCUCGAGUGCUUGCUGUGCCUCAUGCCCUUGCACAGAGCUUCCCUCACAUGCCUGCUGCAAAGGCAGCUGGCACAUUCUGGGAACCUGUGUUGUUCUCUCAGCUUCGGUCCUGAGUCAUCCUGUAUCCUGUCAAGAGUUCUCUGCAAACCGAGAGCAGCUCUGUGAAAGCUUGUGUGGGAAGCAGGACACCAGAAGUGUCCAUGCCUCACUGUUAGGGUCACUACCUGCAAGUCAGUGCUCCUUACAUCAGAUGGGAGGGAAGGUCCCCAGGGUAGGACAACAGUCAGUGGGAGAGUUCCUUUCUCAUUUUUAAAGGUGGAAAGAUAACCUGUGUCACUUUAACACACUGCCAGGAGCACAGUGUCCUUCUUUUUGCUCCUGGCCAAGUCCAAAUCUGUGAGCUGACACACAUGUCAUCUCCUAUAGGUGCACAGACACGGAGUCACCCUCCUGUACACACACACACUGACUCAUUCUGAUCCCAACACGCACACACAGCCAGCCACAGUUCCAGAUAUCCAGGCACCCCACCUGCACAUGCAGAGCCACACAUGCCCAUGCUGAUCUGCCCUCUGUGUGUUGAAUACAUUCAGCCACUUUACCUUACCCUGAUCACAGCACUGCAUAUUGCCUUCUGCUUCAGACAAAAUACAUGCACACUGCCACUGAGGAGCUAACAGAGACAUCUCAGCCCUAGUGCAGAGUCAGUGGAAACUGGCAGGAGACGGCAGAGAGAGGCAAAGUUAUUGAGAUUACAGCAUGAGUCCGUGAAAAAAAUAAGGUGUAUUCUUCUUAUCUGUUUUAUGUUUUCUCUGAUAAAUGGAGAGGGUAAGGAUACAAAGCCUCCAUUUAGAAAUGUUUGGCUGGCAGAGUAGAACUGGGUCAUCAGGAAAGACUAGAGGAGGAGGUGGUUUACCAGCCUCAGUAGCGUAAGCCAUGCUGAGUAGUGUGAGCCUGGGGAAAGGUGUCAGGGGAAGAAGUCACACAACUGACAUGGCUGGCAGAGGGGCCAGCAUGGCGUGUGGAGCAGGGUGAUGCAGUUGAGAUGACUGAAAAGCGUGGGCGCAAUUCUGAGGGGUCUUGAGCUGAAGGUUGAAACCUGGAUCACAGCGUGGCAGGUGUGGGAGAGCCCAGGAAGGGUCUGGCAUGGAAGGCAGCACAGCCCACAUACGCUCCCUUAACCAUCACUGGUGUGUUUGACGCCAUCCACAGCUGCACACGAGCGUGCCCACACACGCAACUGCACACACUGCCACUGUCACGUAGGGUGACUUCCCCCAGUCAGACUUUAAAGCCCACAGACUGCAGUGCCUCCUAUUAGUCUUUGCUCAUUCUGACCUGACAGGGGAAAAAAAAAAAAAAGUGAGAGGGGAAAAAAAAAUGAAAGGAACUCGACAUAAGGACUCAUUUUGUAUCACUGGAAGUGGGAUAAAAUGCUGUCUCCAGGGGAGAGCACACAUUGCCAUGGUAACCUGCUCUAACCCGUCACAGUGGGUAUUCCUGGGCGAGGAAGAUGACACUGGAGGUCGUGCAUCCACAGUGCCUGUGGAUGGUGUGAUCUCUGCCAUCAGGAAACAAGCUGGCAGCCAGCCCAGCUUUGCAGGGUGUUUCGCUGGCAACCUGUGUUCAGAGCCCAGCAUGCACUGCAGGUGGACCCUGCCAGGGCACAUCACCUCUUCCACCUGCUCCAUCUGAAUCCCGAUGCCUUCGGACAUGUCGCAGCCCUCCUGCUCGCUGUGACCGGAUCCCUGCGGAAGCAAUGCACGCUGGCUCCUCACCCCCUUCUGGCUCCAGACAGGUGGUUGUACUGACCCAUGGGCACACAACGUCUUUAAUCAAAGCCUGGAGUGGUAAAAUCCCUCCUGCUCUACCCAGGGUCACCAGAGGCAAGGAGACAGGAUGCUCUGAACUGUUUAAGCAUGACUUUCCUUCGACACAGGGAUGCAUGGGACGGGGGAGGAUGUUCUUCAGGAAGCAGAAGACAAGGCUGCCAUGGAAGAACAACUGGGAGAAGCAGUCCACCCACAAGUGUGCACACACAUUCUACCCCUGCUCCCAGCACACUGCUUGUGAGGAACUGGAAGAGGAGGAGGGGGGCUUGCAAGACGUGAGGAGGAAGGACUCUCACCCCAUACACUGUAUAGCCACUACAACCAUCCCAUCUGCUCCAAGUGUAGCCCGUUCUGAAGGGCAGAACUGGUGCACUGCAGACUCCAUAUGCGUGUCACUGCUGCUCCACAUUCCCAGCAAGCCAGGACUAGACUCUGCCUGCUGGAUCCAAACCUCUCCCCAGCCUCCCUCUCAGGGGAACUUCUCCCUUUACCAUACUGGACUCCACAAUCAUACUUGAAAUGGGACUUGAGUCAGAGUGGUAUAUUUAUAGAUCUAUAUUUUACUUGCAUCAAAAAAUGGUGAAAUAUUGCACAAAACAAAUGGGAUCUAUAUAUGUGUGUGUGUGUAUGUAUGUGUGUGAGUGAGCAAGAGAGUGAGAGACUGUUUUAAAGGGAAUAGACCAGAGGUAAAAUGAAUGGGAGAAAGGCAGGGCACACUGCAGGGGUUGAGGGGAUGAAAUCCUCCUUUCCCCGCACCUUCCCUGUGACUUCCUCCAGCCCUGACCAAUUUUUCUUUGUUGCUAAUAAUAUUUUCUAUAUCUUGUGUUGUGGGGCUGAUGAUGACCUUGCCCAUCCUUUCCUUUUUUGUUUUAAUUCAUACAGCAGAAAGUCUGGAUUUAUCUCAACCCUAGACAAGGGACUGCUAUGUUUAGAAACCCACCCAGGAAAGGAGAGAACUGAGUGCUGCUGAGAAAUAUGAAGGCUGGCUGCUAUGGGGAGUCCCACUGGAAAGCAAAUACUCUGCUGGGAAGGAUGAGGACCUCUCACACGCAGAGCAGAGUAACUGGGUUCACUGGGAAAUACCCUCUUCAUGCCACUGUUUGCAAACAGGCUCUUCCUCCUUUCCCUAGCACACCUAGAAAACAGGCUGCCCUGGUGUGACUGAGCUGCUGCACUGUCCACAGGCACACCAGGGAACACGGUAGCUAGCACAGUCCGAAACAAAACUCUCCUGUGGGAUGCUGGAUACAGAAUGACACCCAGUGCUCCUUGCGUGCUCAGCCAAUGGGUUCCUUUGGUGUGUGGAGACAGGGGCUCCUGUUAUCCCUGCAGGCAUGGCUAGGCAUGGGGGAAACCCCCCUGAAUGCACCCUUUGGUGCAGGCAGGUGCACCAAAGCUCCACACAGGUGCCUGCACUCAGGAAAUGGUAUUCUGGGGCAGGCAGGUCCAACGCAUGCCAGGGCGAUCUAGGGGCUGGCAGGGCCACCAGAAACACCCCUUCUGCUCUCCCCCACUCCCCUUCCCCACACAUCCACCUGUGGCACAGGCACAUUUCUUGCAGGGAAGAGAUGGCACUUGUAAUUCCUUUUUCUUUUUUGUUACCAUUUGAGGGAGAGCGACAAGAUUUUCUAAAAUGAUUGAAUGGAGGUUUCUUUGGCAUGAGACAGAAAAUUUUUAAAGGUAUAUUAUAUUUCUGGCUUGUUGUUACAGAAUAAUAAUAAAGAAUGUAUUUUCCUAUGCUCCUUCUUGUUUAAA